AUGGUGGGCAGGCUCGGGCCCGAUGACUACGGUACCAUACUGGCUUUGGCAUUCUUCAUCACGCAAUGUGGUGCGACUAUUGCCGCAGUCAACUAUGGAUAUGGCAGACCGCUUGAGACCUUGGACUGGAAGCAGGCAUCCCGGGCAUUGGAAUGCUUCUUCAUACUCCAGAUAUUCUACAAGCUCACUAUCAACUGCACCAAGCUCUCGAUAUUGUUCCUGUACCGUCGUAUCUUCACCGAUCAUCUAUGGUUCGUCCGAAUAUGCUGGAGCUUAAUAUCAGUAGUGCUAUGUGCCUGCUUGUCCUUCACCAUUGCAACGCUACUGCAAUGUAGUCCGAUCAAUGGAGCCUGGGACCGUUGGGAUGACGGUGUCACUUGUGUCAACAUCUACGCACUAUGGUACUGCAAUGCCAUCUACAAUAUCCUUACAGACUUCAUCAUUGUUCUUAUGGUACCGCCUGUAAUCUUCAGCCUCAAACUGCCCACGCGGCAGAAGCUGGCGUUGACUUGCAUCUUCGGUCUCGGCGUCAUUGUCUGCGCAGCAUCGAUUUCGCGCUUGACAACUCUAUAUUCUUCGGCAUAUGGCACGGAUGCUACCGCAGGAUCAUUUGUUUCAACCAUAUGGACGAGUAUCGAGGCCGGCCUUGGGGUUAUAUGUGCAAACUUACCAAUGCUACGGACUCCUUUGCAACAUUUCUUCCCGAGGCUGUUCCCUUCAAGAUCUGGGACAAAUCAAGUGUCCAGCACGCCUUCAUCCAGCCGAAGUGAGUCUGGCCGUGGCCGCACAUUGGUCUUGUCGGCACAAGUCAACGAGCCGAUGAGCAGUCCCGGCGUCCACUCGACAUCCUCAGAUGAAUUCAGAAAUACCCCGCCAAGCACUGGUAAUGACGAAGCCCUGAACAGAGCGACUCAACGCCUAUGCACCUUCUCAAGAUAUCCUGUACACAGCGACUGUGAGGCCCAGCAGGACGGUGACCAAGGGUUCGAAUGGACAUUCACCCAGAAUGAUGUCAAAGAGGAGUGGAGUCACGGUCCACAUAGAGUGCGAUGA